AAAGAAAUGGCUGCACCAACUUAAAGAACCAGAGGUCCAGAUCCAGAAGGAAUAAGAAAGAAGAAGGAAGAAGAGGAAGAAAGUUCUGCUCCACCUCCACCAGAAGUUGAAGUGAGCCAUGUAUUCGUCUCUCUCUCGGCUGUCUUCGUCUCUGGUUCAUCGCCUUGCUAGAUGCCAGAGCCAGCUCAGUGCGUCGAGGUCUUUCUCUGUCUCUGGAACGCCACCAGGUCCAAUAGAGAAUUUUCAACAAGGUUUCAAUUCUUCUGAGAAUGUUUCAAGGAAUUCCAGGUCUAUGAACUUUGUGAGGGGGAUUCUAGAGGAGGAUGGAAAGGAAAACUUUGGUUUUUCUCAGUUUCCCCGAUAUAAUAUGGAGCAAAAUGCUGAUAUUGUCCAUAUAAAGCUGAUGAAAAACAAUACCUUUGUUACUGUGACGGACUCAAAGGGGAACAAGAAACUUGGGGCCUCAGCCGGGUCGUUACCAGGAAUGAAAGGAGGACCAAAAUUGUCUAAGUAUGCUGCUGAAGCAACUGCGGAACACGUUGGACGGAUGGCAAGAAAUUUCGGGUUAAAAUCAGUUGUAGUGAAGGUGAAAGGGUUUACAUAUUUUAAGAAGAAAAGGCAAGCCAUUGUGAGCUGGAAAGAGGGCUUUACCAAUUCCAAAGUGGGUUUGAAUCCGAUUGUAUAUAUUGAAGAUACAACCCGAAAACCCCAUAAUGGCUGUCGCCUCCCAAAGAAACGUCGUGUGUAAACACAGUGAGUAGUAUCUUUUACUUGGCUAGAGUAUCUUGUCCAAUAACGAGAUGUAGAGUCCAAACUCACUGGUGGCAGAACUUUUCGAAGAAGAGUGCAUUUUUUCUUUUAAUCCCUUUAAUUUCAAUGCCGUUGUGAUGCUACUGUGGUCUAUUUGGAGAUGGUUGUUUCUUAUGAGAAUAUAUUUGCUUAGAAAUUUCUCUUACAAUAUCAGUCUGGAAAAUUUGUGCUUUUUCUUAGCAGUGUUCAGCUGUAGUGAUAAUGGUUGGAAUUGACUGUUCAUUGACUUCAAUUCAUGAAAUCUUUUAUGAAAUAGAACCAGAGAUACAGAUUGUUUGAA